AUGGUUGCCAAGUAUUGGCUGAGGACAGUAAUGUUUGUCUGUGGCUUGCUAUUCGUAGCGAGUGCGCAGGCUAACUUCCCGAGCGUCCCCUCGGAGACAUUUGAAGCAUUGAAGCUUGAUCGUAGCUCGACUACGCCUAAGCAACUACACGAAGCACUGGUAAAGCGUUAUAAGGAUCCUGCACACGGAGCGGGACCUGGCAGUAUGGCGGAAUACUGGGAGCCGAUUCCAUAUAGUAUCUAUCUGGAUCCAGCAACCUUCUACACCCCACCGACCUCAAUGCGCGAAGUUGCAAGUCGUGGAGAAUGUGUCGAGUGCCAUACUGAAGAGUCACCAGUUUGGGUACAAGCCUGGGAGCGUAGCACCCACGCCAACCUAGACAAAGUUCGUAAUCUCAAGCCAAGCGACCCGACUUUCUACAAGAAAGCCAAACUUGAAGACGUAGAAAGAAACCUGCGUUCAAUGGGUAAGCUCAGAGACAACGAGCCACUUAAAGAAGUUGGCUGUAUUGACUGUCACGUAGACAUCAACGCCAAGAAGAAAGCGGAUCAUGCCAAAGACCUCAUCAUGCCAACAGCAGAUGUCUGUGGCGUCUGUCACCUGCAAGAAUUUGCUGAGCGUGAAUCAGAACCCUUCGGCUACUUCACGCUGUGGCAUCGCUGCCCAGAUGGUGGUCUCUACGUUCGCUGUGUAGUCUAA